UGGAAGCCACGCUCGGAGCUGUGGGGCACAGUCCGCGCCGCAGGAGCCCGCAUAGCCUUCGGAAGCAGUCCUUGGGCCGGGUGACGGCGGGCCCUGGCGGCAGCAGGCACUUAUUUCUCAAGUCACUGUGCAUUAAGCGUCAGCCAUUUCCUCGCGAAGGCCGGAGCCCCGGCCUGAUGAUGACGUCACUUCCUGGAAGCGGACCGGAGGAAAACGGAAAUAGCGCCGGCCCUGCUUGGUGCUUGGCAGGGGUCAAGACAGAUUUUCGUGGUAUUUCUGCGUUUUGCGUUCCGAAGUUUAGGAGAGACAGUGUCCUAAGUAGAGUUGGAGGAUUUAGCAAAUAAAACUACAGGGCGACCAGUCCAAUUUGAAUUUCAUAUAAAUGACAAGUAAUUUUUAGUGUAGGUAUAUCCUAAAUAUUGUAUGGGACAUACUUAUACUGAAAAGUUACUUGUGUACAUGAAAUUCACGUGUGUGUGUGUGUGGAACACAAACCGUUGACCUUGCUUGGUAUUACAAUGCUGUACUCAAGCCGAGCUAGCCGGCCAGCACUGAAAUUCAAAUUUAACUGGACGUCCUGUAAGUAUCUGGCAACCUUAGCUUUGAGUGGCCUCCCAUCUGGGCCCUGGUAUCUGCUAGCAAGGCUGGGAUCCUGUAGGCCUUUGUCUGUCUGGGAAAUGGAAACAAAGUUCACCCAGGCUAUAAGAAUCAGCUGUUUCAGAUGAGGCCCAGUAAGAGAAAUGGAGGUAUCCCUGCCGCUCAGAAAACCUGUGGUAGAGCUGAAACCCCAAUUACCAGUUUCCUUCCCCUGCUGGAUCCACACUUGCUGAUGCAGUCAUCUUGCAGUAUUUAUGGCAGCCAUGGGUGCCAGGUGGUGCUGAGAGCAGUGGGGCAUGGCUGCAGCCCUGCAGGUCCUGCCCUGCUUGAUCCGAGCCCCCUUGCGUCCACCUCUCUGGGGGCGCCCAGUGGUCCGGCUGGCCAGUGGCAUGGCCUUGGCAGAACAGGCACAGCAGUUGUUUCAGAGUGCUGUGGGAGCUGUGCUGCCGGGCCCCAUGCUACACCGGGCACUGUCCUUGGACCCUGGUGGCAGACAGCUGAAGGUGCGGGACCGGAGCUUUCACCUGCGGCAAAACCUCUACCUCGUGGGCUUUGGCAAGGCUGUGCUGGGUAUGGCAGCUGCAGCCGAGGAGUUACUGGGCCAGCACCUCGUGCAAGGUGUGAUCAGCAUUCCCAAGGGGAUUCGUGCUGCCAUGGAGCACGCCAGCAAGUGGGAGAUGCUGCUGAAGCCACACAGCCGUGUCCAGGUAUUCGAGGGUGCAGAGGACAACCUGCCAGACCGUGAUGCGCUGCGGGCUGCACUGGCCAUCCGGCAGCUGGCUGAGGGACUCACAGCCGAUGACUUGCUGCUCGUCCUCAUCUCAGGUGGGGGCUCAGCCCUACUGCCCGCCCCCAUCCCACCUGUCACACUGGAGGAGAAGCAGAUGCUCACCAAGCUGCUGGCGGCCCGCGGAGCCACCAUCCAGGAGCUGAACACUAUCCGGAAGGCUCUGUCCCAGCUAAAGGGUGGGGGACUGGCUCAAGCUGCCUACCCUGCUCAGGUGGUGAGCCUGAUCCUGUCAGAUGUGGUGGGGGACCCUGUGGAGGUGAUUGCUAGCGGCCCCACUGUGGCCAGUGCCCACAACGUGCAAGAUUGCCUGCAUAUCCUCAAUCACUAUGGCCUUCGUGCUGCCCUGCCACGUUCUGUGAAGACUGUGCUGGCUCGGGCCGACUCUGACCCCCGUGGGCCACACACCUGUGGUCACGUCCUCAAUGUGAUCAUUGGCUCCAAUGUGCUGGCACUGGCUGAGGCCCAGCGGCAGGCUGAGGCGCUGGGCUACAGGGCCAUGGUGCUGAGCGCAGCCGUGCAGGGUGAUGUGAAAAGCGUGGCCCAGUUCUAUGGGCUGCUGGCCCGGGUGGCUGGAACCCACCUCACCCCAUCCAUGGCUAGGGCUUCUGAGGAGGAGGCUGCAAAACUCCAUGAGCUGGCAGCUGAGCUCCAGCUCACAGACCUGCAGCUAGAGGAGACUCUGGAGGCUGUGGCGGGGGCUAGAGUCCCAGUCUGCCUGCUGGCUGGUGGUGAGCCCACAGUGCAGCUGCAGGGCUCGGGCAAGGGUGGCCGAAACCAGGAACUGGCCCUGCGUGUCGGGGCAGAGCUGGGAAGACAGCCACUGGGGCCCAUCGAUGUGCUGUUUUUGAGCGGUGGCACUGAUGGGCAGGAUGGGCCCACAGAGGCUGCUGGAGCCUGGGUCACGCCUGAGCUUGCCAGCCAGGCUGCUGCGGAAGGCCUGGACAUGGCCACUUUCCUAGCCCACAAUGACUCGCACACCUUCUUCUGCCGCCUUCAGGGCGGGACACACCUGUUGCGAACAGGGCUGACAGGUACCAACGUCAUGGACACCCACCUCCUGUUCUUGCGACCUUGGUGAUGGCAUAGGUCCCAUUUUGGGACUCCAGAGGAGGCUUAUAAGGGCAGAAUUCUAGGGCAGACCAGGGUUGGUCCCCAGGGCCUCACCAGGCCUUAGGGCCCCUCUUCUUGUUGGCCCUGGCUGCUUCAUUGGCCUUCAUAUCUCCCACCCAGGGCCUCUCUGGUCCAUGUCUGUUCUUCCCAACCAUGUUGGCAUAUGAGGGCUCCCCUCCACCUCCACUUUCUGACAUGGCAGCAGAUACCGUUGAGGACCAGGACAAGCCUCUUGGCCAGUUUAUUGUUCCUGUUCUCCCCUAGGCAGCCCCUCUGCUGAGCCCUUCGGCCUGAUUUUUCUGUGGAGUGAAGCAAGAAAGACUGAAAAUAAAAAUAGCA